CCGUUGCUAUCUCCGCGUAGUCCUGCGUUUGGAGCUUCUCAUUGGAGGCAGAUGCAGUGAAACGCGUUGGCCAGGUCGGCGCGUGCCCCGCUGGUGACGGAGUGCGCGACGGGUUGUGGCUGCGCAGGCUGAGUAUCAAUCUCGAGGCACCGACGUCAUAGAGAGGAGCGCGACCACCACGACUGCUUCUUAAUCUCGCUCGCAGGCUCUUUUGUCCCCAUCCACACACUUCACACCCUCAACUUUUGCCCCAACUACAAUUUGACAAGACUACACAUCCCCCACCGAUCCACCAUGGAGACCGUCAAGAACCUAAUCUGGGGGGAGCAGAAUACCAAUACCACAACGGGCAGCGAGACCGCAGGCAGCGAACCAGUUUCAGGCCUCCAGGGUAAAGGUACACCCAAUGAGCCUUUCGACCAGGGUAAUGCGGAGAACCCCGCCGACCCAACCGGCAAGGCGAACGUCAACGAUCCUACCUCGACCUCCAACUCAAACCAAUCCAUUUCCGCUACCGCUUCUAACCCGGAUACCAAGACCAACAACCCAAUGAAUCCCAACAACGCAGCCGCCGGCGGAGAGCCCAAUCCUCUGGAAAACACCGAGGGCACUGGUGUCACCGGCGCUAGUGCUCAGAACUAUAAACCGAUGGGAGGCGAUGUCGUUCCCUCCGAGUCCUCCCACCCUGGUGCCGCUCCUACCUCUGGCGCUCCACCGGAACACAAGCAGCAAGGCGCCGACAAGCCUAGCGCUGCACCCGAGGGCGACGAAGCAGGCGCUGUGAAGUCGUCCAAAGACAACGCCGAGGAGGCCCUCCUCGGCAAGCGAGACCCUAACGACCACUCCGGCGAGCCCAUGAGGAUGCACGGCGGCGGCGACAUCCCAGCCACCCAGGAAGAGAGGCGUGAGUCUAAAGUAGGCAUGCCUGGAGGACAGGAGCAUGGAAAGGAGUCCAAGGGCACCGGUGAGCAGUGGAUCAAGUCAAGCGGUCUACAUGCCGACGGAGGUGACUUCGAUGCUACCAAGCCGGGCGCUGGCAGGGAAGCCGACAGACUCUUGGAGCAGAAGGGCGUUCAUAAGGACGGCUCAGGUCAGAUGGAGGAGCCAGCGCCGGCGAGUGGUGGCUCGGGCGAAAAGGAGAAGGAGAAGGUUCAUUUGGGUCAGAAGCUCAAGGACAAACUUCACAUUGGCCACAAGGACAAGUAAAUGUCCGGCCUGGCAAGCGAUCAUGAGUUAUGAUACCAUGGCGACGGCAUGACCGGGAAGGGUUUUCCCCAAUACCUAGUGAUUUCUUCUUGUAUCAAUUUGCAAGAUAUCCAUUUAAGUAUCA